AUGGAAGCGUCUGAUUACUGGAAAUACGUACUGGUGCGCUACAAUGACCAAUUUGCAAUAGAGUAUCAGGCCAAGCCAGCCAAUGUUCCAGAGGCCUGGAAGAAAACCACAAAAGAGGAAGCGCUGAAGGAUGCUUUCAAUUUAUUUCAAUCACAACUCAUUCAUCCUCUUGACCUUAUAGUAGGUCUAUUUCUUUGCGCUGACACCUUCUUGCGACAGGAAAUGGCUCUUAAGAUGUCAUCAUGUCAGUUUUCUGUCCCACUGUUGUUGCCCCACUGCAACAACAAUCAAUCUACUCUGAUGUUAUGGACACUAAGAGAAAUUGUAAAAGAGUGGUGUCCACAUGAGUUGUCUCAGACAAGAGGAUUUGCGGAGAACAACAUUGUCCAAGAAGCGAUGCCAUUUUUUUCCUUUGUGAGGCUGAAAAACAGCAGUUUAUCCAAAUCUCAGUUCUUAAAUCACAUUCUCGGCAGUGGCCAACAGAAUCACAACAUGUUCAUACACAGAGACAUGGAAGGAGGGGCACAGAGAAGAAAAAUUGCAAAUACAUUGGUGGAGGUUGGCUGGUUCCUUCCUUAUUUCAAAAAACAACAACUUCCUUUACAGGGAGAAACUUGGAAGAAGUUAUCACAACUGGAGAAGAAGGAAUGCAGAAUGAAAGAUGUUGGCACAGGUGGUGGCGAGCAUUACAAAUCUCAGCAACAGAUAGAGAGAAAAAAGCUUUGGAAAGAGCUAAACGAGAAAAAACGGUCAAAAGGAAUCCAAGAUUUUAUGGACACCUUAGCAAAAAGCGACAAAGAAGGAAGACACUACUUCUUAAAGUGGAUGAAAUUUAUGUUAAAUACCCACUCUCGUGACACACUUACUGCCCUGCAAAACCAGUUCAAAGGGCAAUGCAAAAAUAAGGCUGUCCAACUAGAUUUGUUGGAAAGCUCUUUAGGAGUUGAGCAUUACAUGAGAGAAAUGGGACUUAACUAUGAGGUUUCCAAGCAGUUAGAUGAAGGUGACGAUACAUUGUCCUAUUUGCCUUCUGUAGCUGCUGAAAUGCUGCUUGACGGAUAUCCAUUGGAGCUUCUGGAUGGAGAUGCUUCAAACAUCCCAGAGAGGUGGGUGACAGCCGUUUUAAUGGAGCUUCACAAAAAAGUCGGUGGUAAAAGCAGGCUGCUUGCGAUAUCUGUGUUGGGUGUUCAAAGUUCUGGAAAAUCAACACUUCUCAACACCAUGUUUGGUGUUCAAUUUCCAGUCAGCAGUGGCAGAUGCACAAGAGGCGCCUACAUGCUAUUCCUCAAAGUUGGAGAUGAUACCAAAGAGAAAUUGGGUUGUGACUUCAUUCUCCUCAUUGAUACCGAAGGUCAGAAAUCCCCUAAACUUGCACAACUAGAAGAUACUUACGAACAUGACAACCAGCUGGCGACCUUCGUCAUCGGAUUAAGUGAUGUCACCAUUAUAAACAUUGCAAUGGAGAAUGCAACGGAAAUGAAAGAUGUCCUGCAAAUUGCGGUCCAUGCUUUCUUGCGAAUGAAACAAAUUGGGAAAAAAACGGUUUGUCAUUUUGUCCACCAAAACGUUACUGGAGUGUCUGCUCAUGACAAGACCUUGACAGAGAGACACCAUCUAUUGGAUCAGCUCAAUGAAAUGACAAAAAUUGCAGCUGAAAUGGAGAAACAGUCUACAAUUCAAGCAUUUACGGAUGUGAUCGACUAUGACUUAGCAAACAACAACUGGAACAUUCCAGGACUUUGGCAUGGAACGCCUCCAAUGGCACCAGUCAACACCGGUUACAGUGAGGCUGUAGCAGACUUCAAGAAAAAUCUUCUGGAGACCUUGGGAAAAGAAAAGCGAAAUGGCGUCGGAAAUAUCCCAGAUUUUCUUGAAUGGAUGCGUAGUGUGUGGAAAUCAGUCAAAUAUGAGAAUUUCAUCUUUAGUUUCAGAAACACACUAGUGGCCCAUGCUUAUGACAACUUGUGUAAAGAGUUUAGCCAGUGGAGAUGGGAGAUGCGAAAAGAAAUCCUCAACCAUCAGAGAGGAGCAGAGUCAGAAAUCUUAAACGCUAACAACGACGCUGAAUUGGACACAAUGAUCGAGAAGAUGAAAUCAGAACUAACUGAGGAAAUUAAAAAACAGAAAAGCAAAUUGAAUGAGAAGCUGACAAACUAUUACAGAAGGACAGACAUACAUGUCAAUUUGAUUGAAAAAUACAGAUGUGACUUUUUCAGUACUAUCAGCAGUCUGUCAAAUGAGAUUCAAUCUUCAGUGAAAACUGAACUGGACAGAACCCUUGAACGCAAAAUUGGCUUGCAAAAGGCGCAGGAUAUACAACAGAAUCACCGUGGUAUGAUUGAAAAAAGAGUCAUGAAACUUCUUCAUGACUUUAAAGACUUGAGCCUGUCUGAUGACCAACUGAGAAAGGAGUUUGAGAAAAUGCAACAGCGAGCUGGCAUCUCAUCGUCCUCGGCUGUGUCACCUGGCUCUUGCCUGGGGAUCAAUGGUGUGGAGGUGAUGGUCACACCAGGCAUCGAACCUGGUCCUGACAAUAUAGUGCAAGCACGGUGUCUGCCCUGUGAGAGUGGAACAACCAUCAGUCACCUCCUCUACAUGGAUGAUAUCAAGCUGUAUGCCAAGAACGAGGGUGACAUCGACUUCCUGACUCACCUCAUGGGAAUAUACUGGUCCAGCAAUGACAUCGAGAUGUCAAUCGGACUAGAUAAGUGUGGGCGAAUGGUAUCCAGAAGAGGGAAGUGGCUGAUUCAUGUGAGCUUGCCAAGCAACACAGCGGAACUUCCCGUCAGAAGAGCUGAUGGCGGGAUUUGGUGGUCCAGACGUAGGCUUGUAGAUGUCUUGGCCAUCACCUGCUUGUCUUACACCAUCACCGUCAAUCUUGCUCAGUCAGCUGCUUGA